GAACAAAGGCGGCGGCGGUGUGCAUUGUCCCGUAAUCACUUGUAUUCCCUCUGUUGACUCGGGGGAAAGUGUAUAUAGACAUUGCGAGCCUAGUAUACAGGAGAGAUAACAUCAGACCAACUCGGUUUUUAUGGUUAGGGUGUGGAGUGUGGAUCGGAACAAAUCUCCCGAGAUUCGAACCCCGAACCUGCAGCUUCAAAGCUCUGAAUCUAAAUUUUUUCGCACUUGACUUGUUAAUGGAGAUAUCGUAAUGUUCAAUAAUAGUUUAUUGGUCACAAUCAUUGCUGUAUUCGCUUUUGGUUUCAAAGAUGGCGUAACAGCAACUCCAUCGACGGCUGAAGGUCAACUGAUCCACGACCUUUUUGACACUGGAUAUGACGUCAGAGUGAUGCCCCACCGAGACCUUGGCCGUCCCUUGGAGAUGACCAUCAACUUUUAUUUGUUUUCCAUUCUGGAUGUGGAUACUAAAAAUGGGAUCCUCAGCGGAGUUUCUUUUGUCAACAUACUGUGGCAUGAUCAGCGGUUAGUAUGGAGCCCUUCUAAAUACAGUAACAUUUCUGAGAUUACUGUUCCCUUGGGAUCGGCCUGGACGCCCCCACUGCAGAUCUAUAACACGGCUGGGUAUGGUCAGACCAAUAUGAUCUUCCAGAAGGAUGGAAAUGUCUUGAAGAUAUUCGCUGACGGUACAUCUUACAUACAGUCUAACAUGUAUCACAAUACAAUCUGCUAUACUGUCUUGGUCGACUUUCCUUUCGAUUCACAUAACUGCAGUAUUGGUUUCUUCAUAAUGGGUUACCACAGUGAUCGCAUCAAGUUAGUCCCUGGUCGCGCUUACUCAAUCUUCAACUAUAAUGCAGAAUGGAAGAUACAAAAUCUUGUUUUUCUUCCACAUGACCACACGGACGUCGUAACUCACAAAAAUAUAUCCUUCCUCGACACCGUGAUGCAUCUAGAGAGAGCACCAAACUUUUACCUGCGGAACAUUCUCUGCCCGCUUGUCCUCCUGAAUGGCCUAGCCCUUAGCACGUUCUGGAUACCUAUCAAGAGUGGCGAACGCGUCUCGGCAUCGCUUUCUCUUGUUCUCGGCAACACCGUGUUCCAGAUCAUCAUCUCUGACAUCAUGCCAAGGACUUCGGACCCGGAGUUCGAACCUCGCAUUGUCUUCUUCUGCGUGUCGUCAUUCGCUCUCAUCACAGCCAUCACCGUCUGGUCAAUGCUGGUGUCAAACCUGGCUGCCAAAAAGUGGUCUUUGAGGACGUCCGCAGCGAGGCGAUUGUUCCUGGAGGUGCUGCCAGUGCUUACCUGCACAAAAUCGUUGAAGGGUUGCAGGACAAGGGCGGCUGUAAAAGAUAUUUCUAUGCAAGAUGACGGGAAACAAGAAGUGACUGCGGUACACGCAUUCGACCAUGACACCGAAGAACAUCAGGGCGAACAACGAGGGGACGAAUCGCAGACGACAGAUAUGGAAGUCGUCGCAGAGAUGUUGGAUCGCCUUGUAAUGGUGGUAGUUUGUGCUUUGUUGAUAACUCUAGCAGUCAUCACCGAUCCUCUGAUAAUCUCUACACUUCGAGCCUUGUUUCAUUGAAGAUAAAGUGAAUCAUUAAAGGUCAAAGUCUCGUGAAUCGUGAGACUUUUUUUCUUGAAAGUCCACCUCAGAAAAAUAUUAAUUUGAAACAAUAGAGAAAAAUCAGCCAAGCACUAUGCUGAAAAUUCCUAAUACGGAUUCAUGUAUAUUAUUAUACGUUUUUACAAUUUAUAUGUGUGUGUGUUAUGUGUGUGUGUAAUUUUCUAACAAGUGGAGUAACAAUACAUUGCGCAUUGGCUGGAAUUCUCUUUCGUUACAUAAUUUCGGUCUGUACAAAUUCACGUUGAUAUACUCCGUUACUCACGGGUGCACUUUCUCACGUGACAUAACACUCGUUAAGUAAAACACAACGUAUUUCAAACGACACAGAAUACACCAAGUGAAGGGAUUGAAAGUUCAAGUAAAAUAUUCAACAUUUUACUUCCUUUUUAAUAUAUUCGGAUAGUGUGUAUCAACAUAGAGGGCAUCCGAAUCUAGAAAACUAACAUAAAAAAGGCUAUGAACGUUAGGCCUAUAUACCUAGAAGACUGAACAUUUCAUCUGGUAGUUUUCAUGCGAAACAAUUUCAUUGUGAUAACAAAAAGGUGUCUUACAUCUUCUACUUCUUUUUCAACGAAGGAACGCUUUUCACAAUUUACUUUUAGUUACUUAUUCACAAAUACAUAUUUACAUCCCCAUCCCCGUAU